AUGGCUACGGAAAAGAAACCCCCGAUUACGUGCCACGUCCUCGAUACGACGAUUGGAAAGCCGGGGGCUAACAUACCUGUUACACUCACACUCCACCCCUCCUCCCCUUCCUCCACCUCCACCCCGCAAUCCUUCCAAUCCACCACAAACUCCGACGGCCGCGUAGCCUCCUGGACCCCCACCCCACCGCCCUUCACCGCCCCCACACCCCUCGAAACGCUAUUCCACCAGCCGGGCGACCAGCGCUGGAGUCUGACGUUCAACACGGAAGAGUACUUCAAGGGCCGCGGGGUGGAGACGUUUUUCCCGGAGAUUGAGGUCAAGUUUGUGGUGCGGGAGGCGCAGAAGGGGGAGCAUUUUCAUGUGCCGGUGCUGGUGGGCGGGUUUGGGUAUAGUACGUAUAGGGGGUCGUAG